UUUUCAGGCAUUUUAUGCUCUAUUGGAAAGAAUGUGGUGAAAGACAGGAGAGAUUAGUUUUGCUGAGUAUUGUGCUGCAGAAGUACACGUGCAGCAGUGUAUGGACCACCCUUCGGACGGCGACAUGUGAAAACAUCUGCAGCCUGGGAACACGGAGCGUUCAUGGGCCUAUUGGCAUGCAAAAGGCAAUGUCCGCAUUAGUGCGUGUAAGGAGUGCGAGAAAUGUCUGCUGACACUUAAAAACACAUGCACAUCUAAAACAUCUAUGGAAAUCAUAACAAUACGUGCUAAUAUAUAAGACUAUAUGUGUUGCCAAAUCCGUUUUUUGGUAUUAACGUUUUACAUUAAUUCAUUUGGAUACUGUAACCAUGCAUUUGGCAGAGAUACAUUUCUUAGGAAAAUGACUUUCUUAGGAAAAAGUAUGAUCUCCCAAAAACUGCUAAAGUUUUCUCCAACUCCUGAAAUCUAAACAAAGUUAGGCCGGAGUAGCAUCUUUUCCCUCGUGACGCUGUUCCUUCCUCUUCUCUCCCACCCUAAGCUGAUUUGACCGACAACAGAUUGUGGACACUCAGAGCUGGAGAAUGUAACAUGUUCUGAUCUGGGAUAAUCACAGGGACCGCUCUGUUACCUCCAGGAUUAUUUUACGUUUAUAAAUAAUUACCGGAAUUUAUGGAUAUGCGCAAAGACGCGCGCAAUUUUUUGGCACGUUGCGGACCACCACUUGCAACGUAGAGGGGACGGGUUUUAACUUAAACAUUUUCAUAAACAACUGGAAUAGACAACUAAUUUCGCAAUUGUUAUUGGAUAACAGUCAUAAUGGACAUCUUCUAUCUGUUGUGCCUCAUCCCCGUGUCAGGUGCCGUGACAGACCUCACCAUGAUCGGCAAUGCUGAGGCCUCCAGCCCUCAGCUCUUCUCUAUCUCCUGCCUAAGUGGGGAGCGGGACGAGUCAGAGGUCGACCUGGACAUCAAGAAGGACAACAGCAUUCUAAUCCUCCCUUCCCAGUCAGGCUACAGUGUCAAAAGGCCCAAACCCAAGGAGGUGGUGGCCAAUGGGUUUGUGAAGGUGUUGGACCAAACAGGGAUCUUCUACUGCCAUGCUUCCCAGAAAACCAAUCCACCUCGACAACUGGACAAAGUAACGCUAAUCAACAACUUUGCCAAAAGUAUGUUUGUCCCAGCCCACCUGACUGUGACUGCUAACAAAGGCGACACUGUUCACCUGGCCAUGCAAGUCCUGAGCUCUCAGAGAAGAGAUGUCACCUGGAAAUACAAUGGUAACUAUUUGUACAUGACCCACUCGGGUGAUGUGUUCAACAGUACAGCGGUUCUGACUCUGGAGGACGUGGCUAGUGCCAACGAGGGAAUAUACAGCGCCAGUUUCGUGGGGGACAGUCCCAUCAAUGGAGCCUGGAUGAGGUUGAUCGUCAGAGGCUGUGGCAGUAAGAAGUGGGGUGUCGACUGUGACAAGGACUGCCCGGAGUGUCUUAAUGGAGGGGUGUGUCACCACCGGGACGGGGACUGCAUCUGUCCCCCGGGGUUCAUGGGAACUCGCUGCGAGACAGCCUGCAGAGAGGGAAUGUUUGGCCGUAACUGCCAGGAGUCGUGCUGCUCAGAGAUGAGCUGUAGGGGCCUGAGGUUCUGCCUGGCUGACCCAUACGGAUGCUCCUGUGCUAGUGGCUGGUCCGGAAACCACUGCAGCAGCACCUGUCACAGGGACACGUUUGGGCCCGACUGCAGGCUCAGCUGUCAGUGUAAGAACGGUGGAGUGUGUAACCGCUUCAGCGGGUGUCAGUGUCCCACGGGCUGGAGAGGACAACGCUGCGAAAAGUCAGAUCGUGCCCCCCAGAUCUUGGACAUGGCCAGUAGUCUGGAGUGGAACCUCAACUCGAGCCCCAAGAUCCUCUGCUCCGCCACAGGCAACCCGUUGCCGAGCCACACCAGCAUCGAGCUACGCAAACUGGACAGCACCGUGCUCAAGGCCACUCGAACCACCAUGGACUCCAAUAAGAGUACAGCCCAGUUUGAGAUCCCCCGUCUGACCGCUGAGCAUGCUGGGUUAUGGGAGUGCAGGGUAUCUACCAACGGGGGACAAGACUCCCGCAAAUUCAACCUCACUGUCAAAGAGCCACCAUGCCCCAUAACCCCUCCCAAGCUGCUGGAGAAGAGGAGCAAGCAGCUGGUGGUCAUGCCUGUGGAGUCCUAUAAAGGAGACGGACCCAUUGACUCCACCAAGCUUCUUUACAAACCCAUGAACAGCGGAGACUCCUGGUCCUCCAUCAUAGUGUACAGCAGAGAACCUAUAACUCUGAUGAAUUUGAAGCCUUCUACACGCUACCACGUCCGUGUCCAGCUCACUCGUCCCGGCGAGGGAGGGGAGGGGACUCUGGGACCCGAGGCCAUCAUGGAGACUGACUGUCCAGAGCCCACCCUUCGGCCGGAGAUCGACUUCAGCUCGCUGGAGGGCCGCAACGCCACCGUGCGCUGGCUGUUGCCCAGCAACGCCGGCGGGGCCGUGGGCAUGGCCAGCGGGUUCUUAGUGCAGCUCUUCGAGCCGUCCCCGUCGGGAGAGAAGCCGAAAGAGAAGACCACCCUGCUCAAUGUGCUCUCCACCACGUUCCACAACCUGCAGUACCACAAAGACUACACCGUGGUUGUCCAGCUACUGAACUGCGGCAGUCAGGGCCCCCCAUCUAAGCCGUAUCACUUCCACAUCAACAGCCAGGGGCCGUCCUCCCCACGGAACGUCCAGGCCCUCACCCUGACGGUGUCGGCGGUGCAGGUCAGGUGGCAGACCCCCGAGGACCCAAACGGGGGCAUUGUGAAGUACAUCAUAGAGUACCAGUCUGUGGGCCAGGGCAGCCCGCACCCCUGGGUCGACACGGAUGACGGAAACAAGACAGCCAAAGAUGUCACAGCGCUUAACAGCAGCACUGUCUACAAGUUCAGAGUACGGGGCUUCUCUAAGGUACCGGGAGAGUGGAGCCCGUUUGUCCAGGCCAGGACCCUGGGAGAUGGUCCCCAGGACUUCACCCCGACCACCCUGGGCGUGGGUGGGCGUCCGGCCGGUGACGGGUACCAGCUGCUAGUGGCCGUGGUGGGGUCUGUCACGGUCACCUGCGUCACCAUCCUGCUGGCCCUGUUGGCACUCUUCUGCAUCCGCAAAACCAUGCUGAAACGCAAACGGACCUUCACCUACCAGUCUGGAUCGGGGGAGGAGACCAUCCUCCAGUUUAACUCGGGGACCCUGACCUUGACGAGGAGGCCGAAGCCAGCCACGGAGCCUCUCACGUACCCCAUCCUGGAGUGGGAGGACAUCAAGUUCGAGGAUGUCAUCGGAGAGGGCAACUUUGGCCAGGUCAUUAAGGCCAUGAUCAAGAAGGACGGGUCCAAGAUUAGCGCCGCUAUCAAGAUGCUGAAAGGUAAGUUUGCCUCGGAGAACGACCACCGGGACUUUGCCGGAGAGCUGGGAGUUUUGUGUAAACUGGGCCAGCAUCCCAAUAUCAUCAACCUCAUAGGAGCCUGUGAGAACCGGGGCUACCUCUACAUUGCCAUAGAGUAUGCCCCUUACGGAAACCUACUGGACUUCCUGCGAAAGAGCCGUGUCCUAGAGACCGACCCGGCGUUUGCCAAGGAGCAUGGCACAGCAUCCACCCUGACAUCGCAACAACUGUUGCAGUUUGCCGUCGACGUGGCAACCGGCAUGCAUUACCUUAGUGACAAACAGUUCAUCCACAGAGACCUGGCAGCCAGGAACGUCUUAGUGGGAGACAACCUGGUGGCCAAGAUAGCGGACUUCGGUCUGUCCCGAGGAGAGGAGGUCUACGUCAAAAAGACCAUGGGGAGGCUGCCAGUUCGCUGGAUGGCAAUAGAGUCCCUGAACUACAGUGUGUACACCACCAAGAGUGACGUAUGGUCUUUCGGUGUACUUCUCUGGGAGAUAGUAAGUUUAGGUGGUACUCCCUACUGUGGGAUGACCUGUGCUGAGCUCUAUGAGAAACUCCCUCAGGGCUACCGGAUGGAGCAGCCCAGAAACUGUGAUGAUGAAGUAUAUGAGUUGAUGAGGCAGUGUUGGAGAGACCGGCCGUAUGAGAGACCUCCUUUCUCUCAGAUCUCUGUACAGCUCAACAGGAUGCAGGAGGCGAGGAAGGCCUACGUGAACAUGGCACUCUUUGAGAACUUCACCUACGCUGGGAUAGAUGCCACGGCCGAGGAGGCCUGACUACCAGCCCCCCCAGCCCCUGGCAGGUCACCUGGCCCACGGGAAAGGCCCAGAGGUUGGACACCGCGUUACUGUCACCCCCCUGCUGUGGCCCAACUUGGGAAGCAGUGGAUUAACCGAAAAUCCACUAGGACCACAAGGGUAUAAACGGAGGACUGUGAAAGGACACUGCGGGGGCCUCCGGGGGGUAGGCUGGGGCCUGUAGGGGGGGGGGUUGUGGAAGGACACUAGUUGACUUCUGGGGGUAGGCUGGGGCCUGUAGGGGGGGGUUGUGGAAGGACACUAGUUGACUUCUGGGGGUAGGCUGGGGCCUGUAGGGGGGGGGGGUUGUGGAAGGACACUAGUUGACUUCUGGGGGUAGGCUGGGGCCUGUAGGGGGGGGUUGUGGAAGGACACUAGUUGACUUCUGGGGGUAGGCUGGGAGCUUGGGAAGGUACAUGUGGUGCUAAAGAAAACAACACUGCCAGAGGACUGGGUUUUUGGUCCUCGUUUGGGAGGAUUUUAUCAUGGACACACGGACAUACACAGCGUUGUCUCUGAGAUUGAUGACCUCCUAACUGGGAAAACAACAAUGCAGCACUUGGACAAGAAAUAUCAAUGUGUAUAUUCACUUAUUUUUUGUUUUGUAGUAUAUUUUGCUUUCAGUGACAUUCAGUCCCUACUUUAUAUUCCGAUCCCAUCCUUGUGUAAAAGUCUAGUAUAGACCUUCUAUACAGAGAGCUGAUUUAAAAUACUGUUUCCUGUUUAGGAUCGUACUUUGUCAACUCUGUUAAAAGUGGUUUAACUUUUCUUGACUGGACCCAUCACUGAGAGGCACAUGAUAUGUAACAUGAACUGUGAUUCUACAGUGAUAUUUCUGAUGGAAAUUUCCCAUCGACAAUGACGCUGUUUGACCUUGGGAAUUCAAAUGAAUCAAUCAAAUUCCCUCUAUAAAGCCCUUUUCACAUCA